CAUUUGGGGGAUAUCUGUACUGUCCUGACAUUUGGGGGAUAUCUGUACCGUUCUGACAUUUGGGAUAUCUGUACUGUCCUGACAUUUGGGGGAUAUCUGUACUGUCCUGACAUUUGGGGGGAUAUCUGUACUGUUCUGACAUUUGGGGGAUAUCUGUCCUGUCCUGACAUUUGGGGGAUAUCUGUACUGUCCUGACAUUUGGGGGAUAUCUGUACUGUCCUGACAUUUGGGGGAUAUCUGUACUGUUCUGACAUUUGGGGGAUAUCUGU